ACAACUAAUCUUAGUGUAGACGUGUGUUACAUGUUUAUAUUAGUCGACUUUUGUCCAUAGUGGCUUGCAAAUAUUUAUUCUAAUCUAAACAUAAAAUCCUUUCUUUGUUGAUUGCUAUCAAUGGAGACCAACCGCGGGGGUCCGUAAUGAAUGAAAUUGACUUUUAGUUUGCUCUAGGGUGCACAUUAUUUAUACAUUGUUUUGUUACUGUAUCUCAUCCAGUUAUAUUGUUUCUUACAGGGGAAGUUGUUUAUUUUGUUUAUGUUUAGACCUAAGGAUGGAAGAGAAGCAGUAUACCUCCCUGACGGUGCCACCGGAUUAUAUGCAAUACUGGUAUAAUCCUGCUCAUCAGUUUGAAGGCUCACAGCAUGUUCAGUACCAGUACCACCAGAUGAUGCCAGCUGACCUUGAAAUGGGCAGUUUUCUAAAGGAAGAAGAAAUGCUGCCGGAAGAAUGUCCCCCAGUUCCAUUCCAGCAGCUGCAGCCAGAACCGGAACCAGAGCUAGUUUCUGUUGCAGAUGUUCCAAAAGGACAGAAAAAGAAGGCUGCAUCAGAUUCCAAGAAGUCAGGUGGCAAAAAAGCCAAUCCUCAGGCAAAAUCUGGAGGGAAACAAGAAAAGAUUACAGACACUUACAAAGUGAAGAGGAAGGUGGAUCGUUUCAAUGGUGUCUCUGAGGCAGAAAUUCUGUUAAAGACAUUGCCUGACAUUUUGGUCUUCAACCUGGAUAUAGUUAUUAUCGGUAUCAACCCAGGCCUGAUGGCAGCCUUCAAAGGACAUCAUUAUCCAGGACCAGGAAAUCACUUUUGGAAGUGCCUGUUUUUGUCUGGUCUAAGUGAAUCCCAGUUAAGCCAUUUGGAUGACCAUACUUUGCCAGAGAAGUACGGAAUUGGGUUUACAAACAUGGUCGAAAGAACAACUCCUGGAAGUAAGGACCUUUCCAGCAAAGAGUUUCGUGAAGGAGGAAGAAUCCUUCUACAGAAGCUACAAAAGUACAAACCACGAAUAGCAGUUUUUAAUGGAAAGUGUAUCUAUGAAAUUUUUAGUAAAGAAGUUUUUGGAGUAAAAGUAAAAAAUUUUGACUUUGGCCUUCAGCCUUACAAAGUUCCAGAGACAGAAACGUUUUGCUAUGUGAUGCCAUCUUCAAGUGCCAGAUGUGCUCAGUUUCCUCGUGCGCAAGACAAGGUCCAUUAUUAUAUCAAGCUGAAAGAGUUACGGGAUCAUUUGAAGGGUGUUAACAGAACUGUCGAGGUGGAGGAAGUGGACUACAGUUUUGAUCUGAAGCUUGCUCAGGAGGAUGCUAAGAAGAUGGCUAUCAAAGAAGAAAAGUUUGACCCAGGUUAUGAAGAUGCAGCUGGAGGUGCAGCUGAGAGCAGUCAGUGUAAUUUUACUGCGGAAGGAAGAGCACCUGUGCCUAACUCUGAAUAUAGUCCUGAGACCACCUUUGGACAAAUCAAUACUGAAAACUCUUAUGGACAGAUUCCUGAGACCUCCUAUGGGCAGUUGCCUACCAAGACCUCCUUUGGACAGAUGCCUUCUGGAACUAGUUUUGGACAGCUUCCAGCUGGAACCUCAUUUGGACAGUUACCUGAUGGCCAGUGGGUGAGCCAUUCUUUUGUCAACCAGCUUGCAAGCUAUGGAAGUUGUAAUACCAACCAGCACACUGGAAAUAAUGAAACCAGCUCUUGAGAACAGAAGCCAGAACAUUCCUGGAACUGCAUGGAUACUGCAGUUUUAAUGCAGUUUUUAAAGUGCUACACCUCAGUUCUGAAACUGAAGAUAUACAUUUGUAGUAUUUUAUUUUAAUAAGUUUAAGCAAAUAUGCAAUAGAGUUUAAAAUGUGAUUUAGUUAGUUCUUCAAAUGGCAGGCUAUUUAAUGAUGGAAAGGUAACAUCAUUUUUUUCUACACAGGGAUUUUACUAUUUAUAUGUACCUCAGAUGUUACAUUUUUAAGUGCAGAUUUGCAGGGACUGUUUUAAAAUGUAGUAUUAAAAUAUAUUAAUACAUUUUUAACUUUUAAGUAGUCCGUAGCACAUUAAGUACGGAACAUGUUUUAUGUUGCCACAUCAAGAAUGGUGCUUUUUUUUUCUGUUUGCAUUUUUAAAGUUAUUUCAGAGUGCAGUUUACUUGGGGCUACGUUGCAGUUCAUUAGACUGUCCAUAAUUCUCCAUGGGUACUAUACAGAAGAGAAAAAAGAAGCAACCCUUAUAGAAGCAUAAAGCAUGGUGGGAGAUGAUUUAAAAAAGAAAAAACAAAUCAGCAAACCACUUACAAUCUGGCUAGCCAUCUCUGAUGUAUUGAAUGACUGUUGCACUCCAUUUUACGCAUUUACAUAUAUACUCUAAUUGCGACUGAAUUUGCUUUCUAUUUUGCUACUGACCAUGUCCUUUAGCAAACAUUUUUACUUUAUUACAGCUUUAUCUGAAAUAAAGUAGACUCACUUUGUCUUUCCUGAGGCUGUCUUGAAUAAGUGAGUAUAUGUCCUUUUCUUUUCCCAGUUUAUGCAGACUCUUCAUUUGUGACUGCAUGCAAACUAGUAUAUAUCCUUUCCAUGCUCCCCCCCAAAAAAAAAAUCAUGCAUAUACUGCCUUUUGUGAACUUUAGAAUCCAGAUGCGAAGGUCAUUUUUCCUCCUUAAGUGCUUUCUCCCUUAUUUUAUGAUUCACUUUUCAUAUGCUAGGCCAAAGAUUUGCUGUAUAAAAUAUCUCAAGUCCGAUUGCCUGAUGGCUUGUAUACAGGGGUGAUCUGGAGUUUCUCAAUUCUUCGACAGAUAAUGUGCAUUGUAAUAACUCUCUUACUUUAUAGCCUACCACUUGCUGACAUUUAGUUCUGUGGCUUGUUAACUUGUGUACCUUAACCCUGAGAGAUGACUACAUAUGUCUCUAGCAUUUAAUCAGUGUGCUGCCUAUUUGCAUUAACAGUGCGCAAAGUUUAUUUGUUAACAUUUGGAAGUUGGAACCAUGAUGCUACCUACCCGAUUACUCCCUCCUCAAUUUCUGUUCGACUCUUCUGUUAAGUCCUGUUGCCAUCUGUGUUUCUUGCGGAUGAAAUCUUAUUGCAAGAAACUUGUAUAGUAAUCAAUUGAAAGGAAUGCACACAUUGAGUUUGCUUUGUACCCAUACUUUUCUUUUAAUUCUGUUCUUGUUUACUUCCAUGUCCUCCACAAUGUAUUUAAUAAGUAUAAUAACUUCUCUUCAUAAGAAUUCUUCAUAACUUUAUCUGAGCUGCUGCAGAUUAUGUGCAUAUAUGACAUACAUCUCAGCUGGCUCUGAUAUUCCUGCAGAAUUUUACUCUCUUCCUCAAACAUCUCAGCUGGCUCUGAUAUUCCUGCAGAAUUUUACUCUCUUCCUCAAAAAAAUGUAUGAUUCUUUUGUGGUAGAAAAGUGAGGAUUGCUUUCAAUGAAGAAUGACAAAUGUUACGCCUAUAGACGUAUUAUUCAGAAAGACAUAUGUUAAUAAAAUAAAAAUUUUCUUGGGUUGACAACAUUCUGAGUGAAUAAUAAACGUGUUUAAAAGUGUACCUCACACUUUUUACCCAAUUUAUUUUUUACUUUGUCUGGGAUCCUUGAAGGAAGGAUGGAAAACUGUUUUAAACAGCAUUUCAGCCUCUCAUUACAUCAGUCUCUCUUUACAUCACAGGUAAUAUGUCACUGGUAAUUUAUGCAGUACUACCACUGUGUAGUAUCACUUUUCUUUCUGCCUUGUACCUUUAGGUAAUCAACUUGUAUGUCUUCAUAACUUAAUGGUCACUACUAAUCUCACUCCUUGUAUUUUGCAGAAUUUGUGUUCCUUUUUUCCACAUAGACACGUAGAAAACACCGUCUAUAGCUACAUGUUUCAUAGAAUGUUCCUUUUAUUGUAGAUGGAUUGCUUAUUAUGCCAUAGCUUUUAUUAUCUGUAAUAAAAAGAUCCCUUAACAGUUGAACCCUUUAUAAAACUUGUUCUGGUAAAGAUACUUUAACAUUUCUGUUGUUGCCUCACUUUCCCAGUUUCUCUUUUACACAUCCCUAUGAGACACUUAUCUUUCAACAUUUCAACAGUUUGUUUGCCUUUUUAUCUUUUGCCUGCUUAUCACCUUUCUAGAGCCCAUAAAAACAAAUAAUAUAUGCAGUUUCCAGAGCACAUCAGGCUCAGAGGCUAAAAUGAAAUACAAAAAAAGUGAAGUAUUGUCACAUUGGGUCAACAGCUCUGUCCCUCAACGUGCAGUAUAGCCUAUACCCCACUCUAAAAUGGUGAUAUAGUCAGGAAUCUGGGAACCUGGUUUCAUAAUUUCCUAUACUUCAACCACCAUUUUGUCAGAAAAUCCUUCUGUUCAGCACAAUUAAUAUCUAAAGGCGCAUUGUGUAGAUCAGAAGUUAUCAUUCUGUAUUCGAUUCUGAUUAGACCAUUUAUUGAUUUCCUUGGCCCUCUUCAAAUGCAGUUUGGAUCAAUGGAUGGGAUAAAUAUCACAAAUUCACACCUAGGGUAGUGCCUGUGUCCCUUACGGACAGGGACAGUCUGUAAGAUACUCAAGCAAUAGACACAAAUCCAUGUCAUCCUCUUACCCCUAGGGGCUAUAUAUUGGGUAAAAUUGGGUUAUAUUGACUAGACAUGUAAGGGCUGUUUAUCUGUUAGCCUAGUAAUCUCCUACCAAAAAUGUUGGUCUAAAGUUUGUAAGCUGUCUGGAAAGGCUUGAUGUUUUAUCCUUUACUUGGUUUCUUAUAGGCUAUUGUGGGGUGAUCUGUGUUGUUUAAUUUUACCCUCUAGGCCCGACAUGUUUGCAGGGUAAGGGACCCCAUUGCCUUGAGCUCCUGUAUCUUAAGUCAAGUAGCUCACCUAGUAUCAGAAUUGGGGAGUAAAAUCACCUGCACAUAAAUAAAACACAGUGGAGACAAGUUUAUUGCCUGCCUAUUCCAUCUCUGGAACAGACUUCCCAUGCAAGUUUUUAUCUUAUUUAUUUAUUAUUUGUUGAUCAGGUUAGUCCCACUAGGUUAGUCACUUUACAAGGAGGCCCAAGGUGGUAUUUGAACUACUAGGGGAAAUUUGACUACGGCAUCAGGAAACUUCCACUACUAGUUUCGUACUGUGCAAUCUUUUAUAUCCACCAAUUCAAGCAGAUGAGACCUCAUUUUAACAAUCUCAUCCAAAGGGCUGACACUGCAGUGUCAGCAAUUGAUCUAACUGAUGUGGGAAUAGAACCCACAGCCUUCUGCACUAAAGUCAAGUGUGCAGCCUUAAAGUGACACCCUAUUAUCCUUCAAAUUAAACCUAGAUGAUUCAACAGGUACUGAUAAACUUACUCUGGGACUGACCUUCUUUGCCCUUCUUGAGAAGGGAGGGUGCAGCAUGAGAGUGGGUAGUGGAAAGGAGUAAAUGGUCUUGAAACUCAUUUGCAUUAUAUUUUCUGUGAGCCUAUGAUUUUAUAAUUCAGUAAUUUUAUGCAUUGGCCUUUUUCAUGAAUGAUAAAGGUGCAGUUAGAAGCACAAUAUUUAUUGUAAAUGCCGAUUUAACUAAUACGGUGUGAUAAGCUGAAGCUGUAUAUUUGCUGUUUUUGGAUUUCAGAGGUAUUUCAGGUGAAACUAAGCACUUCAGAAGGCAACUUUUGUUGGCACAGUGUGAUGUAAGCAUCUGGUGUUUUAAUAUAUUCUAUCGAAGCACUUCAGAGAACAUUUUUGUUCCAACAUUGUGAUGUGAAUACAUGCUCCAUUUAUAAGUGUGUUGUAUUGUUUUGAUGUUCACAGUGCUGCAGCCUCCCUGCAUUCCCCUAACUAAUCUCAGUCACCUAUUUCACCUCUAGCAGUUCCCUAAUAUUUUCUUGACUCCUGUAACAUGCAUAUUAGCCAUACUCUGGAGAAAUAUCCUGUCUGUAUUCCUUUUCCUUUUUCCUUCAUGAGACUUGAAACUUCCCAAAAGGAAUGUGACUUAUCAUCUUUGUAUUACUGUGCGGGAUUGCUUGGUUUGCAUAAUUUGGGUGCUUGGCAUUGCAGCAGAAAAAUAGCACAAGUAUCACAUUCUACUUUCUCCCAUUUAUAAAUGCAAAGGGCAUCAGCAAUGAUACUUCUGUUAGUUGUAAUGUUAUAGUGAACUGUGUCAGGUGCCUAGAUUAGAGAGCCUGUCCAAGAGUCAUUUAUGCAACCAGUCCAUAAUAGGCAGCCCUGUAAAAACCUUGAUACCUCUCUUGGGUCCUCUGUGUCACAGUCAGAUUACCUUUUUUUUCCCCUAAACAAGCAAUGUGUGAUUAUCUUAAUCAGGUAAGUGCUUUGUCGCAGAAGUAAAAUGACUUUGUCCUGUCGUAUGCCAUCCUCUCUGAGACAGCAUCUUAGUAAAUCACUGCUCUGUGAUGCAUUGUCAUUGUUUAGAAAUGUGAUUGUUACAUUUUGAGAGUUCUUUGGUGGCAGAAUAAGAAAAGAUUGUUCAAAUCAUGUUUGUUUCAGUUUUUAAUGUUAAAUGUCUCACUUGAAUAAAUGUGAGUGAGUAACAUACUUCACGUAUGCAGACCCUAUUAAAUAUGUAAACAGAAACCUCUGAUUUUCCUUGUAAACUGUAAUGUGUCUGACAUUUUGGUGCUUUCUGCAAGAUGUGAACUGAUCCUGACUUUCUUUAUGCCUACAGAUGUGGCUUUCUCUAAUAAAGAGUCAAAUGUCUUUGUCUUAA